GGAGCGGAUAUGAGAUGAACCAGAGGACCAUGUGUGAGAUAAAGGACAGGGUCUGGGCCGAGGUUCUUUACUGCUUCACUGUUCAACACCUUGGUGAAGAGACAGAGAGACACUUCGACCUCGGAUAACGAUUUAUUCCAAACCUGUGCGUUCAGUGAAACCGACGAGACGGGAGUGCUUUCCUUGACGGAGAAGGGGGGUAAAAACGCAACCUGGCAACCAGACGGGCGGGCUUGUGCGUUACCGUGGCUAAGAGAUCUCCCAACAUGUCACAUCGACACACACACACAGGUGAACGAUGAUGAUCUGAGGCUUUUCCGAUGAGCCGCUGUCCAUCAUGAAGAAGCGCACCAGUAAAGCGACGGAGCUGGACGAUCCGUUGUGCUGCUGCGAGUAUGUGGACCGGCAUGGUGGGCGGAGUCACAUGGCAGCGUGCUGCUGUGACUGUGAGGAUCUGGACGAGGCUUGUGACAGAUGGAUGAAGAGAGAAGCCCAAAAGCCGGACUCGCUGACUCGAGUGUCGGACACGGUCACGGAUCGUCUACGAGUACCCUGGAUCACAGGAGCUAAAAAAGUCGACCUGUCCUUGAUCCCACCUCUUAUCCUGCUUCCCAUCCUCCUGCACAUCGCCGCUCUGCAUUACCUGCUGGGUGUCGUGGUCCUGACGGCGCUUCCCGGCAUGGUGCUUUGGUAUUACUACUUCACCCACCGCAAGAAAGGACGCACGCUGUUCUUCCUCAGCCUGGCACUGUUCUCCCUGUUUUACAUGUACUACCUCUUCCUCACCACAGUCAUGCCACGAGGCGAUGUCACUAACAUCCAGCUGGGAAUCAUAACACUAGGGGUGGCGCUUACCAUCGUUGCUCUUAUUCGGACCAAGAAAGGGCCGGGCUAUCUCCAGCUCGGUCCCGCUGACACGCACAGCACCGUGACGUAUCACAGCCCUCCCCCCGACGUAGACCCUGUCUACCACCACGGCUCACGGCAUCAAGUGGUGAUCGCCAAUCGGACCAGUCCUGCUGAGCAGGGCGCCGAGCUGGAGAAAGACGGCAGCAGCAGGAGGAACUGGUGUCCGUUCUGCAAGCUGGUGCGACCUCCAAGAGCUGGACACUGCAGGAUCUGCGGCGCUUGUGUCCUACGUCUGGACCAUCACUGUGUCUGGAUUAACAGCUGUGUGGGUCAAGCCAACCAUCGUAGCUUCCUGUUGACGCUCAUCUUCUUCCUGUUGACCUCACUGUAUGGGAUCAGCCUGGUGCUGCGCAGUGUGUGUCCCACCCAGAGCGUCCUGACCGCCCUGUUCUACUGUCCUGAUGUCUACAGUCAGUUCAGCUCGGCCUUGUGCUUCACCUGUGCCUGGUACAGCAGCAUCGUCACUGGAGGUCUUCUCCACCUGCUGGUGCUGCAGCUGAUCAACGUCAGCUACAACGUUACGGAGCGCGAGGCUCGGGCUGCUCUGAGGGAUAGAACGGGGCGCAGCCUCGUCUGGGGUCUCAUCAUCGACACCGGCGUGUACUCCCACGGCUUCUGGAGCAACUGGACCGAAUUCCUCACCAUGGCUGAGAAGUUGCAGCCCAAAGCCUUGAAACCCACAGAUCUGGUGUAGACAUCUGCGUAAAGUCUGAGCCUUAAGGAAGUGUGACUUUUCAGAGGUCAGGUUUAAAGCUGUCGCACUGAAGCGUUAUGCACAUGCAGAUCUCCAAGAUUGUUCUUUUUUUUUUUUUUUUUUUCCCUUGUUUGCAAAAAGGUUUGUUAUGGUUUUCGUCCACUAGGUGGCAGCAGGAUAUUAUAUUUCAUCUGGCUAUAACCAAAUCACAAUGCCUGCCUCAUCGAUGCACCUCAACAGUGAGGGAGUAUGGGUAUCGAACUGUUUAUCAGACCCAACAUCUCUUAGUCUUAAGCCAUAGAAUGUAUUCCAUGAACCCAUAACAUUUAAUCUGCUGCGUCUCUGUCUCCACCCAGUAUGUAAAGUGUUCUUGUGUAGACGCCGUCAUAGCUUGAUUUAGUGCCUUGCUGGGACAUAGGUUGUCCAAGAUUCCAGACGUCUAUAAAACGCAGACGGCGUCAAAGUGAAUGUGCAAUAACAGCCUUCAAUAUACAAGGGGUGUUCGAGUCAAACCUCGGAACACAGUUCGGAGAGUAAAAACUUCGGAGUGUUUAUUUCUCUGUAUAAUCAGUGCAUUUACUGUAUCUCAGCAUUUCACAAGUGCUUGGAUACCAUCACGGUAGAAAGUUUUCUCAGCUCACCAGAUCCAUGAUCGGGUUGUAUGCUACACGUCUGAAACGCCGGCCUCCCAGGAACUCCUUUAAUAGUCCAAACAUGUGGAAAUGGCUUGAAGAGAGGAUCCCAGCAGAGUUACCCGCAGAUUUUCAAGCAUCUGGCAUUUUAAAGUCUUGUGGAAAUAUUAAUCAGAUUUAUGCCUUCAUUCAGGAAAAGUUUUGUCCAAAGUCCCGGUUUGACUUGAACAGCCCUUGUAUGUGUUAUAAAAGUAGUCAAGUUGCAGUGUUUAAGAAAUCAGGUCUUAAUAAAUAGGUGGAAUUUUCAUCUCAUUGUAAAGCCUUGUUAAGAACACACACACACACACACACACACACACACACAGUAUAUGCAAAAAAACAACAAC